AGUUUGGAAAAGAUUUCGUUUGGUUGUCGAUUUUGUUUCUGUUAUGAAUCUUUAGUAUUGAAAUAAUCAACACAAACUCUUAUGAUAGUCUUUAAAAUAUCCUAAUAUAGGUAAAAACAUAUAUAUAGUUUGCUUAAUUCUAUUUUCAUAAACUUUAUUUUGGGAUUCCUAUGAACUAACAACAGGUGUUUCUAUUUUCGCGCAGACCCUUAUCAUGACCGAUUCUGAAAGCAGUGAUGACGAGGAGCUAGUGCAAUAUGAACUUCAAAGCUUAUCGGAUUUUGGAUAUUCUAAGUCGUCAGCAAAUAUUAGUAGUGAACCGGACGAGUACAACUCUCCCCUCGUGCAGACAUUGGCAUUAAACCAACAAUGCCAGGCCAAUUUAGUUGAACUAAGAAGAAAAUUCGAAAUAGCUUUAUCAAGGAAUCGCGGUCAGCAACGAGAAAUUGAAGAAGAUUUAAACAGGGGAAAACCUGAGGAACCAGAAAAAGGAAUUCAAAUUUUUGAUAUUAUUCAAAAACCCUAUAUACAAGAUGAGAAUGGCUUCGCUUAUCCAGAAACAAACGAUUCAAAGUUUCUUAAAAAGUAUCGAGCUUUUGAUCCAUCAGUUAGAAAUAGAAAAAAAUGGUUUAGAGAUGAUGUGGAAAUUAUUGAAAAAGCAGUAAGGGAAGACACUAUUUAUCGUAAAUGCCAACCAUUUCGAAACAGACUUGAGCUGCUAAACGAGAAAUUGGAUAAUGAUAAGUUACCUGAAUCACAAAAGAAAAAGUAUGAAGAGGAAAUUGAUAAAAUUAAAGCUGAGAUGGCAAAAAUACCUACACUAUCCGAUGAAGAACUUUUAGAACCUCCUGACCAAUCACACGAAAUUGACUGGCUUAAAAUAUCGGUUACAGAUUUUAAGGGUAUACAUUCAGAAGAAAAUUGUAGAUUAAUGUGGUCUAUGGUUCUGCAUCCUUCGUUGUCCGGAGGAAAUUUCUCUACUGAUAGCUUGAAAAAACUUAUUGGCUUAGUUGAAAAAGGAACUAAUUGGAAUACCAUUGCAAAAGAGAUGGGGGAAAAUAGAAGUGUUUUUGAAUGCUUAAGAGGCUAUUUAGCUGCAGUCAAAAGAUGGCCAGAACUUGAUGAACCAAAGGUUAAUAGACUUUCGCUUGAAGAGUUUAGAAAUAUUGUGGCCGAAUAUACAAACAACCAAUUUAUCAACUGGUAUAAAGUAUCUGAAAAGUUAGGGGAUAUUACUCCUGAUUCUUGUGUUCGAAUUUAUAAGUCGAAAUUAAAGGGCUAUAUGUUAGGUCCUUGGACUGAAGGCGAGGAAGAUUUAUUACGUUUAUCAAUUGAAACUUUUGGUGCUGAUUAUGUCAAAGCAUCACGAAUUAUAACAACCAGAUCUGCCUUGUCUUGUAGACAAAAAUAUGAGGAUAACUUGGAUGAAACUUUGAUAUUCGGUAAUUGGACGACGGAAGAAGAUUUAACAAUAAUGCAAUUAAAAGAGGGUGCUAAUGUUCGAUGGGUUGAUAUGGCAAAAGCUUUCUCUGGAAGAACAAGUAAAAUGUUGUUUCAAAGAUACCAAUCCUUGUCUAAAUGGAAAGAAGAUGCGUAUAUUAUGGCUAGAAUGAAUGAUUCUGAACUAAGUUUACUUAUAACGGCUUCUGAAAAAUUCCUACACGAAAUGGACUUGCAAAGUUUCAAAGAAAAUUUAAGAUCAAUGAAGAAAUCUUAUUUAGUUAAAGAAGCUCAAGCAAGAAUAAAAGAUUUUAAUGAAACGACAAAAAAUACUAUUGAUAGAGCUUUAAAUGCGGAAAAUUUGGCUGAAUUGAAAAAGAUCAAGAAUCCAGAAUUAAAUGAUAUUGUUCAAGGUUUAAUGCUUUUAUACGAAGAUGAAGAAGCUCAUAAAAUAGAUGAAAACAUGCAUAGAAUUAAAGUUGAGGAGAUUAGAGAGAGUGCUAGAGAACUAGUAAAAAAUAUAGAAAUGGGUGUGUCACCGCCAAAACCUCUAGUUUCUAUGCAGUUAAGAAAAGCGAAAAUUGAUCUGGAGGUCAUAAGAUCGACUGAAAAUGAAAGACAACUUAAGAGCCUGGUAUUUAAGUCAUUAUCGAAAGGCGUAAAAGCAAAGGCUAGACGUCUAAGAUAUAUACAAGAACGUAGUGCUGUAAAUGAGAAGAAGCGCUCUCAAAAAUUGCAAGCCAUUUUGAUGACGAGAAUGCGAAAUUUUGGUCGAAUUACAAAAGUUAAAGAUCUAAUUAGUUUAGCUCAGGUUACAGAGUAUGAACUAAAAUCAGAUGCUAAAGGAACUAAACGAAGAUGUUACCAUUUACAAAAGGAAAGCAGAGAGUUUCUUAAACAAGGUGCUAUCGAUUCUCCGGAGGAUUUUACACAUGAACAAUUAGACGUUAUAAUUAGAACUUUGCAAAAGAGGACUAAAGUUCCAAAAUCUACCAAAGAUUGUUUUCGAUCAAUUGAAUCUUUAAACGUCAAAACUCAUGAUAACAUUAUGAGUGAAUUAGGAGAACUUUUUGAGAUUGACAUUGAUAGAUUGUGCGACCGAUCAGAGGAAAUUAUGAGUGAGCACAAUAUUUUGGAACAUGAUUUGAAUAAAUUGAAGAUAAAACAUAUGAAUGACUCUUUAUUCGCUCGAACGAUACAACAUAACGUUCAGGAUGUCAUAUCUAUAACAACACGAGCUAACGCACAGAAACGCUUACCUAGCGCUGAUUUACCGUUACCAGCUCAAAUAUAUAUUGAUAAGGAAUACUCUGAUAUUACUCCACUAUACCCAACUACUACGACGAUGAGAGGCUAUGACAGAGUCUUGCGAGCGCUUCCAUUAGUUGAAUAUCGACUUCCAGCAGGUUCACCAGUUACUUUCAAAUGGGAUAACGUGUUAGGUUCUAUGAGUCUUUGUAAAAGCUAUAAACCUCAUGUAAUACAAUUGGCAAUGGAGAUUGAAAAGCGGCAAAAUGAAAUGAGCUCAAUUUUAAUGCAUAGACUAAACGCUAUGGCUUAUGAAUACAAGCAAACCGACGAAUAUAAAUUACUAAGAAAAAGAAUAUUAACAACUUUUACAUGGCCUAGACUUUUAGAACAGUUUAGCGUUGGAGAUAUUCUGCACGAAAUACAAAGAGAAAAAACAACAAGCGAAACCGUUGAAGAUGAUAAAGAAGAUAUCGGUGACGGAGAACGAGAACAAGAAGAGACAGUUGAGAAAGUUGAUAAUUUGAAACAAAAAAGGCGGUCCAAGGGAACGUCUAAAAGCUAUAAAUCUAAAUGGGUUAGGCCUAAGAAAAGGAAAAAUGUUGACGUUUUAAAGUUACUUGGCGUUGAACAAAAGCAAAUGUACGCUUAUAAAAACGCAGCAAGGAAACGUCGUAGAAAAUUAAGUAAAGAAUCAAGUUUUGAUGAAGAGCAACCUCUUUUUAAGAAAAGUAAUACAUGCAAAAAAGGAGAAGCAAGUCAAUCUGAACAAGAUAUCAGCGAUGAAGAUGAGAAUGAAGAUGAUUAUGAAAACGCUGUAUCGAAGAAGAAAUCUUCAUUAAAUGUUAAUAAUAACAUAGAUGAAUCAUACGUUCAAAAAUUUAUAAAAACUAGCGAAAUUAUUGACGGCGAGAGGAUGCGAGUUGCUAAAAAUUCUAAAGGAGAUAUUCCAGUAUCUGAAUGGCCUGAACAAGAAUUUCAUUUUAACAUGAAUAAAACUCAGCUAAGAAAGUUUAAAAGGUCUGGCAGAAGGAAAACAAAUUACGAAUGUUAUGUCCCUUUGGCAAAGUUUUUUGUUGUUGGUAAUGCUUUUGUUAUUCAAAUUAUAAAGGAUCCAAAUAAUUCUGCGCCUGGAGAUAAUUCUAUGAAAGCGGAGUUGAAGGAGUCUGAUUUGGAGGAUGAAAAUAUAUUUAAAAUUGAGACUGAAAAGAUAAAAUUUAAGGAAAAUUCUUUCGAAGAAGGUAAUUUACAUCUUUUGAAAGUGCAUGACUUUCCAGCGGGUAAAAUGUUAUCCGUACCAUUGAGUGAUGAAAUUACUGCAUUUGUUCCCAUUGAAAUUGUAUAA